CAGCUGCAGACAGAUGGGUUACACAUAUUGUGCGUAAUGUUCCCGUGUAUGACGUUGUCCAAUUCCGCCGAAUAAACGGCCUCAAGCGGCUAGAGGGGCUCUAAAAUUUCGCCCUAUAUAGAGGAGAAAUGGAGAGAAAAAGAGAGAUGGUUUUGGACCUAAUGGCCCCAGAAAGGAACGCCCUCCCGUACCACCCAGACGCUAUAAUUUUUAUUAUUUUCAAAAAGAGAAAUUGUCAUUGUAAAGAUUUACGAAGAUUUCUCGUACAUGCUGGAAAUAUCUCAAUAUUUUGUGCUUAAGGCAAUGUCAGUUUAGCAUUAGAAAAACAAUUCCAUCAAUUCUUUAAUUAAAUUAAACUGCUGUUGCAUGUCAUAUUGAUUGUAGACGGCAAUAGUAUCGUGACUUUAAACAGUUGAUCACAUUAGUUGAUUGCUCUCAAGUUCUCAAAAUCAAUACCUCUGUCAGCAGAAAUUGAUCGUCUCCUGCUUCGGACAACAUUUUUCUCACUACGUGUAGCUAAAACACACGAAACAUUUUGGCGUUUGUUUCAAGUGUCUUGCCUAUAUAUACAAUGAGGUCAUAGAUAUAUAGGAAAGGAAUCGAUGAUAAACGAAUUUCUUUAAAGGAAACCCGAGUUUUGUUGGACAAUGUACUCAACAAACCGACUUUCUAUAGGGUGAACGGAACUGUUUAUGACCAUCACUUCUUGUGUCUACGUUUUACAACCGAGGAAGCCUUAAAAACUAGAACGGAACGGCGGGACAUAAUAUCAUGUAGCCAAAAUGUAUAUCAAACGGAAAUGCUUGAGAUUAUCGAGUAGAGAACCUGUAUAUACGUUUUUUGUUGCAUUCACCCAGCAACAAGUGAUGCAAACUUUGACGAUGUUGACUCUUACGGCUGUCUACACAUGCAAUAGCGCGCUAAUUUGUUUUUUUAACUGUGAUUGAUGACCAUCUGAAUUAUUGCGAUUGUUGCAGACGAUAUAUACUUUCUAUACGAGUUGGCAUGAAAACUAGCUUGACCAUCCCCGCACUUUUUCGAUUAGUAUUGUGGCCAACUCUUUCCUGGAGUAAGUACUGCCAGAACUCCCUCAUCAACAGCUUUACAGUUCAAACAGAUUUUUCUCUUUCAAGACUUAAAUUUUCUGACUUGAUUGUUCUUCUUCGUUGUAAACGUGCAGCUCGGCAUACAAACGAAUUCAUAGGCAAGUCCAAUAUUGCGCGCGUUGCAUUCUUGAUGGUUGCUCUACUUUCUCUGAAUCGUGUUUGGAAUUUAAAGACCGUCCUCGGAAUUCAAAUAGAAAUUGGAUGGAACAAAAUUCUCGAUCGGAUCGGUGACGACAGGUUUAAUCUCUACGUCUACGUUUUAAACAUUUCAACGUUUUUCGUCUAUUGGACCAUCGGACUGGCCUAUCUCCUGAUGGAACUAACGGCUUGGCCAAAGUGCAUAUUUCAGCGAAAAGUUCAGCCCAACGUCGUGAUCGAUAAAGAAAAACUCUUUUCGUUGUUUCGCGUGAAUUUAUUCAAUCAAUGCUUCGUGGUGGUUCCCUCUUCCAUCUUUGGUUACUAUUUCCUAAUGUACAAUGGAACUGCUCCUCCGGUUCGAGAAGUCCCAACUCUACACGAGCAACACAGGCUGCUGUACAAAUGGACGCAUAAAUGGCAUCAUGAAUGGUCGACACCAGUGGCCUUAUCUUCCAUGUACAACCAUCCACUGGACCAAUUGAUUGGCAAUAUUCUUCCAGUCAGUAUCGGUUUGGCAUUGACCAAUUCUCAUUUUUUCACACAAUGGUUGUGGUUCACUUGGAGCGCAAUGAGGUCCCUUAACGACCAUAGCGGAUAUCGUUUGUUUGCCUUUCCUUCUCCUGUACGUCACGAUUUCCAUUAUCAAAAAUCAACGGAAUGUUUCGCUGUUUGGGCCUGGGGACCACUUGACUACCUCCACGGCACCGACAAAGUCUUCCGCGCUAAAAAUCGCUGCAGGACAGUUGUCUCAUUGAAUUGGCUGAUUGACGUGUAGGAAAAUCAAAUUGAAGUAACGAAAUUUUGAUUUUAAUUGAUUGAUAUGCUAUAAACAUUGGUAUAUAGCCUAGCAAUAAAGAAACGUUUUAUCAUCCAACUAAUUUUUUUAAAUUGUGCUAAUGGGAGGGAAACUAAUGGGAACUAAAGUGUUUUUUUAUUUUUUGUGAUUCUUCCUAAUCUUAUUGUUUAGACCUGACCAAUUGAAAAACCUAAACCUAUAAAGGAGCCUCCAAAAAAACAUACAAGACACUUGGGUCAGUUGGUGCUAACAAGAUAUCUUUUCUGGAGUCCAAGAAGAGGUGACAAAAGAACGCGGGAAAGCCGCGUGUUCUUUCAAGCACCUGCGAUGCAUCUCGAACAAAGGCAUCCACACAAGGCGUUUCUUUGAAACAGCGAAUUACAACAAUAAAAAUGACGGCAAUGGCCUAGGUAAAGAAUAAAUAAUUUUUAAAAAGUUAUUAGCUGAAAUCAUAGGAGAAAGUGGUAUAAAUUUU